GGACAUGACAUUGGCAGAUUUGACAGCUGCGACGUUGUGUUGUUUUGAUUUGACUUGUGUUGCCCUGGGAAUCAAAAUCAUGCACAAAAUUACCGUCCGUCCGAUUCUGAUUCAGUCAAAAAACAAACAAUAACAUUAGAAUAUAAUUUAAAAUAGUCUUCUGAGUGUGUGCAAGUCUUGCCCCAUCAAGGUCACAUCACCCGCACCAAGCAGCUGUGCCUUUGUAUUUCAAUUAAGCUCAGCCACAGUUAUAAGUGGGUUAAUCGUAGUUACUGCCACGGAUAUAAAUUCUUAAAGCCUCGUCAACAUGUUCACUGGGACCUUGCGAAUGCAAGUAUGCGAGGCAACUGGACUUAAAUCUCCAGAUUCCUCGAAACGAAAUAAUACUAUCUUAGGAUCAUCUGAUCAACUGAUUGAUGCAUAUGUGACCAUUGAUGCUGAUGAUGAGCACAUUGAUCGCUCUACCACAAGACCCAAGACCCUGGAUCCGGUGUGGAAUGAAACUUUUGUACAUGAGGUUCACGAUGCCAGCAAUUUAACCAUCUCAGUAUUCCACGAUGCUUCACUGGCAUUGGACAAGUUUGUUGCAAAAUGUAAAAUUUGUUUUGAUGAUUUGAUGGAUAAAGAAUCAUCAGAUUUUUGGGUGGAUUUAGAACCCCAAGGUAAACUGCAUCUGAAAAUAGAUCUCACAAAUAAUGCUAGUGAAGGCUCUCAGAAUGGUUCAGCGUCCCUGGAGGGUCAGUUCCCGGUGCGCCGCGGCACUAGACACCGCGUGCACCAGGUCAACGGACACAAGUUCAUGGCCACCUGUCUGCAGAGACCCACCUUCUGCUCACAUUGCACCGAUUUUAUUUGGGGUUUCGGCAAACAAGGCUAUCAGUGCCAAGUUUGUAUGUACGUGGUUCAUAAACGAUGCCAUCUUAAUGUCGCAACAAAUUGUCCAGGAAUAAAAGAGGAAGUCAAUACGCAGAGUUCGUUCAACGUGAACAUGCCGAGCCUCUCUCUGCUGAAGUCCUACAAGCGCUUCUCCUAGUCACCGACCGCUCCCGUCCACAGAACACAGCAGUAGCUGCACAAUAUUAUAUUACACCUUGUGUACCUAGAACUAGAAUUUAUAUUUAAUGUGUGUGCACAAAAUUCUAAGGCCCUUUACUGGCAAUUUAUAAUCAAAGAUCUGAUCAACAGAUAUUUUAUUUGAUGUCGAUAACUUAUUUAUUUUUAUACCUACGCGUAAUUGAUACGUCAAGUGUCCGCCUUUAUGUAAAACCAACUCAAAUAUUGUACCUAACCUACCACUAAAAUUUGGUAAGUACUAAGUACUAUCUAAUGUGCCUUACUCGUAAUAUGAACUUGGUAAAAGUAAACUGAAAUAUACAUUAAUGUAUCACUUAUUUAGGUAUGUCAUGUAUUGCAACAUAACUCUUUGUAAGCAUACCUAUUAUUAUACUCCUAUGAAUAAGUAAUAUAAUCCUAAAUUAUGUGCCUUAAAUGAAAACCAACUCUUCAAUUGCCCAUUAUACGUACCGAAUGUCUAGUAAGGUAAACUUAGUAAUAACGCAUCAUGCCAUCGUAUUGCUUUUAAUUGGUGGUAAUGGUAGUAAGACCCAUUUGUUAUAGUGUCUGAUAGCACCUAUAGUGUUUUGUUUGUAAAGGCACUCAAUAAGCACAUUUUGAUCGAUGUUUAGUUCAGCACAAUAUUUAACUGAUAUUCGAAUAAGUAUCAAUAAUAUAUUAUUUAUUUAAUAAAUAUUGUUAAAAUGUAAAUUAUAUAAAUUAUGUAAAUAAUUUUAUGUUAAAAAUAUUUUAUGAUGACUAUGUAUUCAUUUUUGUUAAACCAACGGUGUGAUUAUUGCAAGAAAUACAAAAAUCAUACAAAACCUGUAAAAGUUUAU